CUUUCUGAUCUGUGUGGAAGCUCAGCUUUGAUUCCAAAACUCAUAGACAUGUUUUUAUUUGAGCACCAGCUCAUUUCAUAUGAAGCGUGCUUGAUGAAUAUGUUUUUUGUGUUUCAUUUUAUGAACGUUCAGUCUUUGACGCUACUCGCUUUGGCUUAUGACAGACUGGUUGCUAUUUGUUUUCCUCUACGGUAUCAUGCCAUUAUUACCAAAAAAUCCAUGUCACUCCUUAUAGGCAGUAUGUGGAUGUUUUCCAUGCUUUUAUUUGCUGUACUUGUGGGAUUAGUCAACAGACUCUCUUUUUGUAGAUCUACUGUGGUCGAUAGCUAUUUCUGUGAUCACGGCCCUGUCAUCAGCCUUUCCUGUAACGGUAAUUCCAUAAAUUACCUCAUGGCAUAUAUUUUAUUUGGUCUCCUAAUUUGCCUGCCGGUGAUAGUGAUAACCCUCUCAUAUUGUUGCAUU